AGGACAUAUAUGAAUAAUUAGAUGUGUAGAAAUGAUAAAAUACAUUCUUGUAAGUGUUGAAUAGUAUAAAUUAAGUUUUAUGAAUUGAAAAGUUCAAACACUUUAUUGCUUAUUACCUGGACAGACAUACUCUCAUAAAUCUAACAACUUUACUAUGAAAUUUAUAAUAGUUAUUAUUUUUUGCAAUAUCAUCACUCACAUUGUUGCUAAAAAUUGUUUACCACGUAAUUAUGGAUCAGACAGCAUUGUUUGUGUGUGCAAUGCUGUAUAUUGUGAUGCAAUUGAUGUCUACGUACCGCCAAAAGGGCGAUAUAAAAUUCAUUCGUCCAGUCAAAGUGGUUUGAGAUUUUACGAACAAACAUUAAUUUUCGACAAUGAAACUAACUACCCUACUAAAUUGUAUAUUAACACUACUGAAAAAUACCAAAGUAUCAUAGGAUUUGGAGGUGCAUUUACAGAUUCUGCUGGAUUUAAUAUCAAACAAUUGAGCGAAAAAACACAAGAGCAAUUAUUACGAGCAUAUUUUUCGAAGAAUGGCAGUAACUACAACUUAGGACGUGUUCCAAUUGGUGGAACAGAUUUUUCCUUACGCGCCUACACUUUGGAUGACUAUCCAGGAGACGUGACAUUAAAAAACUUUUCAUUAGCACGAGAAGAUAUUGAUUAUAGAAUACCGUACAUGAAAAAAGCCCUUGAAAUUAAUCCAGAAUUAAAAUUCAUGGCAGCUUCUUGGACUGCACCACCAUGGAUGAAAACGAAUAAUAAUUAUUCUGGAUUUUUAGGUUUAUUGAGAGAACAGUAUUAUCAAACAUAUGCUGAUUAUAUAGUUAAAUUUUUGGAAAGCUAUAAAAAUCAUCAACUGCCUAUAUGGGCAGUUUCAACAGGCAACGAACCAACAAAUGUAUUUGAUCCAUUUUCCGAAAUAAAUGACAUGGGUUGGACACCCGAUUCUGUUACGGAUUGGGUCAUUAAAAAUUUCGGUCCUGCUUUAGCUAAUUCAACUUCUAAUGAAACUAUAAUUUUAGGGCUAGAUGAUCAAAGAUUUAGCUUACCUUGGUUUAUUGAAGAAAUGUAUAGACGAAAUAGUAGAAUCGAUAAAUAUAUCGCUGGCAUUGGCAUUCAUUGGUACGCGGAUCAACUUUUUUCAAUUGAUGCAUACGAUCGAACUCAUGCUUUAUUUCCCGAUAAAUUUAUUCUCAUGACAGAGGCCUGUGUAGGAAGUCUCCCUUGGGAGCCUCAUGGAAUUAUUUUAGGUUCUUGGCGUCGAGCGGAAAAAUAUAUCUUGAAUAUUAUUGAGGAUUUGAAUCAUUGGGUAACCGGAUGGGUGGAUUGGAAUCUGGCACUAAACAGAAAAGGUGGACCAACUUAUAUAAAUAAUUUUGUAGAUUCACAAAUUAUUGUGCAUCCACAGCUGGAUGAAUUUUUCAAACAACCAAUGUAUUAUGCAAUGGCUCACUUUAGUAAAUUUCUCCCACGAGGAUCAGUUAGGGUAGAUCUCACUCAAGUACCGGAUGUAAAAUCUGUCGCGUUCGUCACCCCAGAACAUACAGUUGUAAUAAUACUAUACAAUGCGAGCGAUGAUCCUGUAGAUGUAGCUAUUGAAGAUCCAGAACGAGGAAUAAUCAAAACAAAUCUUCAAAGACGUACUAUUCAGACUAUUAUUUAUCAACAAUAGUCUUACAAAAUAUAUAAAAUUAGCUUAC